AUGGAAGUCGGUGCCUGGGAGGAGAGCGUGCUCUACGAUGACAGUGAUGGGAUCCCGUGGUCGGAGGAGCGGGUUAUGCGGAAGGUGCUUUACCUCUCCCUGAAGGAGUUUAGGACAGCACAGAAACGGCAGCUCGAUGGGGACGGAAGCACUAACUCCAGUGCCACAGCAGCAGAGUGCUCUGUUUCCCAUCAAUAUGGUGCCAAGCUGAGCUGA